UCUGCUCCUUGCUGCAGAUGGAGCUGGAAGCGCUGCGCUCUAUCUACGAGGGGGAUCUGUGCUUCAGGGAGCUUAGCCCGGUUUCCUUCCAGUACAGGAUAGGUGAAAGUGGAGAUCCCAAAGCCUUUCUAAUAGAAGUUUCCUGGCCAGAAACAUAUCCACAAACAGCACCAGUCAUCUCAAUGGAUGCUUUCUUCAACAACACAAUAUCUUCAGCUAUUAAACGAAGUAUAUUGGAUAAGUUAAUGGUAGAAGUUGAAGCGAAUCUUGGAACUGCUAUGACAUAUACACUUUUUGAAUAUGCCAAAGAUAAUAAAGAGUUAUUCAUGGAAAAUCAGCCUGUUAACACUGUGACUUCAGUAAGCAAUAGUAUUGCAAUUGGAACUCCUGAUGUGCCAGCAAGUAAGAAAAAAGAUAAAAAGGAGCAGUUAUCCAAAACUCAGAAACGAAAACUAGCUGAUAAAACAGAUAACAAAGGGGAGCUUCCGCGAGGAUGGAACUGGGUGGACGUAAUUAAGCAUGUAAGUAUUUUCAAGUUAUCUUUUUUUAAAAUUAAAAAGAUUUGCAAGAAAUAGUAAGAACUGUUGCUCAUUUUGGAUUCUAUUCUACAUAUUUCUCAAAUGCUUUAAAAUGCUUAGUCCUUCUGAAUAUUAGAGACAGAAGGACUUUGAUUCCUCUUUGAACUUUGUUGGUUUAGUAUUUCUUUUUUAUUUAUUGAGCAAUUAAAUUUUAAUUUUAUGAUGAGAGAGCUUUGGUAGCCAAACGGACUGCAAAUAUACUGUCUUCAUAUGGCAACAAGAUGUAAAGUAAAGUUAGUGGUGCUGCCAGGUUCUGGAGGACAGUGGGUAAGUAAGCAGAAAAAACGAGCUGUCCCAAGUGGGAGCACCUUGCUGUCUUCUACACGCCUGAACAUUCUCUGCCACAACUCCUCCAGUGAAUAAUUCUUUUUUACUUGCUCCCUCAGCAUUGAUUGCUUCCACCCUCUUGUCUUUGCUGAUUCAGUGGAAAUCAGUAUAGCUGCUUGACAAUUUUGAAAGCAAACUAUUUUAUUUUACUCAACUAUAAGUAAUUCUCGGUGUAAGACCUAACACCGGUUCCAGUUGUUAAAUAAGAGCAAGUAAAUGAUAAUGGUGGGUUUGGGCAGAGUCAUUCUGAGUUAGAAGUGGCUACUUACCUGUAGUGGAUGUCUUGGAUUCCAGAUAGAUUUCACAAUAGAAGCACUACAUUUAAUAAUUAUACACUUAGCUUUAAAAAGUGAGAAAUAGUAAGUUAAUGUUUCUUUUUGUAUUGUGUAAAUUUCUAUAUGGGAAUUCUCUCAGAGAUGUGUGGAGAUACUUCUUCCAUUACUUCAUGUUUUUUAUUUUGGAGAGCUGGUGACGGAGUCUUCAAAUUAAAUAGAAACAGUACCCCAAGGUUUUUCUGGGCUUUUAUGUUGUCGUUUUUUAAAAUCAACUUUCAUGUUCAGGAAAUAGGCUUAUUUAGUGUUUAAGCUUAAGAAAUAAUUUUCGAUGCUUUUCAGUCUCUUGGUACAGUAGCACAAUCAGUCUGUAUUAUUAAUUAAGUAUACAUGUGUUCUAUGUAAGAUGGAGAUAAUGUUGUUCUUGUUUCCUAAUAAAUGGAAUGGCAGUCUAAACUUUGAAUACUUUCUUUUUGU